GGGCUGUCAUGUGAGGCUGGGGAAACAGUUCGACCAGGAAAUCUCCGUUUGUUGAUAGGGUUAUAGUUUAGCUGGUGACCGUCGGGGAGCAGAUAAGUUGUUUUUAGUAAAACAAGGUUUUAGUUUUCAUUUGUUCGCCAUGGCAUCUCUAUUCAAGAAGAAGACAGUCGACGGUAAGUUUGUUUUCCGCUGAUUGUAGGAUUGUAACAAAUUAACAAAGUUGUUUGAAUUGGUGAGCGCCAGUGCGCCACUAACGGCAUCAGCUACUGAACAAGCCUGUUUUACCAGUUUAACUGAUACCAGUUUAAAAAGUCAAGAUUCAUGUUUAUGUUACGAAAUCAACAUUGGUCAACGUGGAAUCAUCUAAAGGUAGAUUGUGUGUUAAUGAGGAUUAGCUGAAAUUAACAGGCUAUUUAUAAACUGGCUGCCUGAAACUAGACAUACAAUUCCACGUGUCUGUGUAUUAGUGAAGGUAGCUGGUAAAGUUGUUUUAAAAAAACUGUGUUCUGUGUGUCACGAUUUAUGACCAUCGUGUAACUGGUGAACAGGUACAUUGUAGCUGUAGACAUUGUUACAUUGUUCAAUUGAUGUGAUGAUGCGAUGAUGCUGUCUACACUAUGUUCAAGUGUUACUUUGUAAUUUACCUGCUGACUGCAACAGAGAAUUCCAUGAGGAACAGCAUCUAGCAGUGUAAGUCCUGUAAGAAAGCUUUGUUCAGGUUUAGACAGAACUAGUGAGAGAAUCAUGUGAUCCAUAGAUACUGAUGUUGAAUGAUUGCGUUACUUCAUUCUGUUAAUUAAAAGACAGCUGGAUAUAGGUUAUGUUGACAAUAGUCUGCUCCAGUCCCUCUACUGCCCCAAUCCCCCACACAAUGGCUCGUUAAGUGAUGAUCAUGUCUAGAUUUCCAUUCGGCUCACAGAGUUGUCAAACAUGAUGCAAGAGCAGGGACGGCUUGUUCAAUAGGGCGAUAUGGGCGACGCACUGCCAAACGGGAAAAGGAAGGGAUUUUUUUUCUAAUCAAUUAUUUAAAAAAAAAUUAAAUAAAAAAAAAUAUUUUUUUUUUAUAAAUUUAUAAAAAAUUAUAUCACGGCAACAGCAGUUAUCAGUGUUCACGUCUGAUCUGCCAGCCACUAAAUGUCAAAUCAGGCUAAAGUCGUGCUUCAAAUGGCCCCGCCCGUUUUUUGGGCGAUUUCAGUCAGGUUGAAAAUCGCCCAGAAGUCUGUCAUAGACUCCCAUGUAAAAUCUAGUUUUGUCACAUUUCAAAGCUUUCAAUACAUUCUCUAUGGGUGUCUGUGGGCUUGCACUUACGCGCUUUCGUCAUACAUAACGUAACCACGAAUGAACGUAACUAAGAAAAGACCAGGUAGCAGCCUCAUUCAAUUCACUACUACUAUCAAAAUGGCUAGGCUUCAGUCCAACUCGAUUGUGUGUUUGAAAGAAGUUCCUUUUUGUCGGCGAACAAAUGAAGAUAAAUUGGCAACGAAACAAUUAGGACCCCCCAGACCAAAUUUAAUAAUUCAACAGGUGUCUACUAAAGGGGGGAAGUCCUACACCCGAGGAUUUUCCAAAAAUUGGUAUGAACGGAAAACCUGGCUAGCAGGCUGCGAUGUAGCUAAUGCAGUUUUUUGCUACCCCUGCUUACUCUUCCACCCUGAAGGCGGCACAGCAGACAGCACCGCUUGGACAGCGACUGGUGUAACCGACAUGCACCAUCUUUCAGAAAAGAUUAAGAAAAAUUAGCUGUCAAAGACCCACAUAUAGCUGUUUGAGAUUGUCUGCUUUUGGGAGAGUGAAUAUUGCCACUCAACUGGAUGAGGGAUACAGGCUAGCUGUCCGCCGCCACAACGAUGAGGUUAGCAACAGCAGAGUCGUGAACACUGUCUACGAGAAUCGAGACGACCUCAUAUAAUGUUUUGAAGCCAUCCGGACGGGUUCAUUGGGUUCAUUUGACCAGCACACCUUGAGAGAGGCAGCUGGCUACGUGAGGAUACUACAUGAUGAAGAUUUAAUUUUUUUCCUGCGGCUUUUUCACAAAAUCAUGCCCCACGUCGACAUUCUGUACCAGAAGCUACAGAAGAAGGACAUCGAUGCUGUCUCUAUCAAACGUGCCCUCGACAGCUUCACAAGCAAGUGCAGGCCAUAAGGUAAGAUUAAACAGAUAUCAAAAAAUGUGGUAAAAGCUCUUGUUGAUCCUGCAAUCUGAACAAAUACCAAGAUGCUGUAUUUUCAGCUGAUAUUUCAUUUGUUUAUGGAAAUGCAUAUUGUUUAUGCAGUGUUGAGGAAUGUGAAAGAACACCCUUGAUUAUUUUUACUGUGAUAACUUAUUUUGCUUUUGUAAGCCAACACUUUUGAGAUCAGUCAAUAAAUGCUUCUGGUAUUGACUUAUAUGCUGCCCCUGUCUUCAUGUUGUUGCUGGACAUAUCUUUUUAAAAAUGUGUGUAGGUCACCUAAAUCAUCAGAAAAAUUGCCCUCCCUGAGAAUUUGUUCAGGAGCCGCCACUGUGCAAGAGUAAACAAAGUCAUCAGUCAAUACACACAACAGUGAUAAUUAGGUAUGUGUGUGUGAGAGAGAGAGACAGAGAGCGAGCUCAGGCUGCCUGUAGCUUUUAAUGCUGCUGACACUUUGAAAAUGUAGCAAUAUGUUGAACGAAGAACCCCAAAAUAUAGAUUUUCAGGUCUCUUGAAAUAUAUAUUUUAUCUCAAUGUGCCUUACCUCGAUAACGAAGGUUAAGAAAAUAAAGAGGAAGAAAUGUCUCCAUCUUAUAAAUACUGGGCCUAAUGCCUAUCAGUUAAAAUGUCUCCAUCUUAUAAAUACUGGGCCUAAUGCCUAUCAGUUAAAAUGUCUUGCUUAAUGGCCAUCAACCUUACAAGGUCAAAAUGCAAUAACCCUUCGGGCUAUUUAGAAAAUAUAAUGCAUCAAUUAUAUCUAAAUCACUAAUUACUUUAUUAAACAAAAACAUAUUGCAAGUUUCCAUCUAAUUCAAUUGCAAAUGUAUCUCAUUUAAUAUGAAUAAGUUAUUCCGUGACAACAGUGUCAUUGAUAAAGAAUAUUCACUUACUGUAAUUGUACUGUACCUUUAUUCAAGGUCAGAUAGUUGAUAGGAUAUCUCCUCUUCUCCUUCUCUCCUCUCUCUCUGGGCAUGGUGUGCCAAGGUUGCCCGAUGUUGAGAAGCAGUGGCAUCCUAUGGUAGGGCGUGUAGUGGCGUGCGGGGGUGCGAUGGCGGGCGGAGGUUAGCUGGUGGAGUUUUAUAGAUUAUUACCCCACCCUCUUUUAGACGUUGUCAAUACGUCACCCUGUACGUAGGUACUACGUUUAACUCUCACAAGUGGUCCAGCUCUCUCUCUAUUACGUUUUGGGGGAGAUGAGGCCACUGGUACCUAUAGCAAGGAUAUUCACUAUUUUAUUGUAUUUUUUGUCAACAUUUGUACUUUAGGGUAAUUGUAUAAGAUUGAGAGCCUAUUAAUCUGCAAAAACAUUUAUUAAACUUUUCUGCAGUCUGGAUAUAUAUAUAUAUAAUUUCUCUAUCACUUUCACCAUGCAUUUUCCUCUAAAAGCUUGUCAUGCUUUACAACAACACAACUUUCAUUGCUGCCAUCCUUCAGUUUGGACUGUUACUGCAGGAAUUAUAUUCUCUAACACACACCCCCCAAAAAAUCCUCAUAUUGUUUUGAAAUGUUUUAUUUAUACUUUUCUUUAGUUUUGAGGAAAACCCUUCUUUUAAGAAAAGUAAGCUAGUGUUUUGAAUAUCUAGCAUUUGAUCCAGUAGUGAAACAGAGGGUCAACAGAGGGUCAAGUUAGAGGUUGUGUUAGAGCUACUGGUACCCACUCCACUGUAGAGGUCAUCUCUGGCAGUACUCUGGCUCUGGUGCAAUGGUUUAGUGUUUAUUGUAUCAGCUGGUAGACUGCCCAAGCUUACUAUGUCUGCAUGUGCGUGUCUGCGGUAACCUUAGGGCUAAUAGCAGUGGAGAGGGACCGGGUCCUCUACCCAAAUAUGCGAGGUGGGAUGGCAGGGACACAUUCACAGCAGGGUGUGUGUGUGUGUGUGUGUGUGUGUGUGUGUGUGUGUGAGAGAGAGAGAGGCAGUUUGCAGGAAAUUGCUAGGACAGUAGUGUGCCCUUGCCUCCAGACAUGCCUGGUCUCUGGGACUGCUCUCCCCCAAACUCAUAAACCACUGCUGGGUGUGUGUCUUAGGGACUGCUCCUGUAUGACUAUCUCUUUUCCACUUCAUUUCAUGCUUGUGCCUAUAUUGUCCCCUUGAUGCUACACUUCAGUGGUUUUAUCCUGCCUUAAAACGUGGAUUCUUCUUUUUUGUUUUUAUUGCUGUUGUAUGUAUCAAAUCAGGAGCCUGGUGCGUUUUUAUUGGAAACCGUUGAAACACGACACCACAUAGUUUACCCUGCCUACAUUUCUAAAAGUAUAAAUAAUAUGUUCCGAAGGGAUGUUUUUAGUCUGGGUCUAUCUGAAGUAUGAAAUAUCUCGAUAAGAGUUAAAUGAUGAGCAUCUCUUUAGUGUUGGUCCCUCUGUACAUUAAGAAAUAAUCAAGUUUUAUCGUGUACAGUUGAGUCUGUGGUAUUUUGAGCAUGGUGUGUGUGACGGAUUGUGUUAUACACACGCCAUGUCGGGGUAAUGGAUAGUGUGUGAGGCAGGGAUGGUUUAGAUUCCAGACUCAGCCCUGUUAAUGAGGAAUGUCCAGAGCUAUUGUCCCUGUCUAUCUACCCGUGUGAACAGAAUGGUACUGUGCUUCUUUAGCUAAACAGAAAGCGUAGCUCAAUGCCCAGCAUAACUGUAUGAAUGAGUUGUAUGUCAUAAAUAAAUAAAUAAAUAUCUCCUUUGUUUUCUGUAUCCUCUCUCUCAGAUGUUAUAAAGGAACAAACUAAGGAGCUUCGCGGUACUCAGAGACAGAUCACUAGAGACAGAGCUGCUCUGGAGAAACAAGAGAAACAAAUGGUGAGACACACACACACACACACACACACACACACACACACACACAACUCACCCUAUGAAGUGCUGGUAGGACUGAGCCAGGUUUUAGUUUCUCAGUAGAUCCUUUUCCUUAGAUUGCUGCUGAUUGCAUCAAACGUGUGUAAAUGACUGUAGGCUAAUCCUGCUCCAUCCUACCUCCACUCGCAUCCCUUUCCUGCGCUGUCUGAUAGGCCUACAGGCUGCUUAGCUAACGGCUGGGAUAGAAAGGACAGGAUUGGACAGGUAGAAUAGCUACAGGGGAGAGAGGAGGUAGAACACACACAGUCACAAUAGGACUGUGUGAACAGCAGAAUAGAACAUUUCCCCUCCAUUUCCUCCUAUGUCAGAAGGAUGAAAGGAAGAGUGGUGGCUCGUUGUUGUUUUAAGUAAACAUCACACAGGCCAUAAUUACCUCCCAAGGGACCAGCUUUUUAUUACUCAUUAAUAUUUCUCCUAAUUAAUUUAGUUUUUAUCUAGUUUUUAUCUAGUUGUUAUCUUUGUUGUUGGUCUGAAAAAAAAUAUAUUCUCUAAGAAGAGGAAGUGACCUAUAUUACAGUUUAGCAUAAAUGUAUUUGUGCCACACACACACACACACACACACACACACACACACACACACACACACACACACACACACACACACACACACACACACACACACACACACACACACAGCUUUCCCUGUCUCUGUUUGCUCUUCCUCUGCUGGGGCUGCUGUAGUUGCUGUGCUGGGAGACUCCUCAUUAUUAUUAGACUCACUAACACAGAGACUACUGGGCCUUUCAGCACGCACCCCAAAAACAACUGAUGUCAACAUUAUUAUCACUAACACAGAGACUACUGAGCCUUUCAGCACGCGCCCCAAAAACACAACAGCACAGUUUCGAAAAUAAUAUUUUCUUCUUUCAACCAGAUAUAGUAUCUAUAUUAUUCAGCACUGUGUGUGUAAUGCUUUGAAUUUAUAGCCAAUUUAUUCUAUAGAACAACUUGGUUCAUUAUUCAGAUGAAAAGGAACAUGUUUUGUCACUUAUCUACCUGAAAUAUUGCCCUGGUCCAGUGAACAUUAGAUCAGUCUGUCUCUAUGUACAUUGUUACUCUGUGUGAUAGCAUCAUCUAUCUGUCAGUUUUAGCUCUUGCCUCUCUCUCGUUCUCUCUCUCUCUGAGGCAGUAUAACAUCAGUAAUAAGCUCACAUCAGCAACACUCAUCAUCCCAGUCAGUCAACACUAAAACUCAGCUACAUCAGCCUAGAUUCCCACUGUUAAAUAUUUACAGUGUCAUUUUUGCUUUAUGGCAGAUAUCAAAAAGAAGCAUCAUUAUUAAGAUGCUUAGGUCUUAUAUUUGUCUAUUCUUAACAUGAAUCUACUUAGCAGGCAGACAGACAGCACCUGUGUGUGUUUCAGAGGGGAAUGUAAUGGGCCUGUAAUGGUAAUGUUCUUACUCAGCUGUUUAGCAGAGCUCUGUACCUGAGGAGGAGACUGGAGCACUUCACAAUCAGCCUAAUGGCAGUUUAACCCUCAUACACACUGGCAGAGGGAGGGGGUGGAGGAUUUGGGAAUAUUAUUCCGGUAAACUGUAAUGAUGAUCAUUAAUAAAUUGUUGUUUUCAGGUCUGGCUCUUCAGAACAAACACACAUACACACAGACACAGGGCUGCAGCUGAAUCUGUACUGUUUCCCAGGGGACAUGGACAGCCUUGCGGUGUGUUUCCUCAGGGCGAGAGUCUGUUUUCAUGUGUUUACCGAAGCUAAGAGAGGCUGGUAGCUCACAGGUGUUUAGACCAUCGCCAAAUCAUACUAUUUACACUGUUUACACUCUAACAGGGCUCUCUGGGGAACCUGAUGUAUAUGUAUUGUAUGUAUUUAUGUAACAGUAUGUUUGUGAAUGAGUGUAGUGAAGUUGCCUGUUUACAGCUCCCCCUUGAUAAUCCUGUUCCUAUUCCUUCCCUCUUGUAGGAGAUGGAGAUCAAGAAGAUGGCUAAGUCUGGGAACCGCGAGGCGUGUAAGAUCCUGGCCAAGCAGCUGGUCCAGCUGAGGAAGCAGAAGAACAGGACCUACGCCGUCAGUUCAAAGGUCACCUCCAUGUCCACACAGACCAAGGUCAUGAACUCCCAGAUGAAGAUGGCUGGAGCCAUGUCUGCUACGGCUAAGGUAAAGAGCACCACACACCUGCGUGCAUUCACACACACAUUCAGACAGCCACGCACACCAUCACAUAUUGGAUGUUGGGCCUCCAAAAGUUAGAGCAUUUUCUUAUUGUAUAGUAGCUCCACACUCACCAUACAUCUAUGUGUUUCUGUGUGUCUGGGUAAAUGAGGCUGAAAGCAGACCCACUAACCCAGUUAAAACAUUCAAACGGCUUCUCCAAAAACAGCAGAAGAGUUCAAAGGAUUCUUCUCCUCUCUUGAGUGUGUAAUAAUUAGUGUCUUAGUCUGUCUAUAUUUCCUGUCAUCCCCCUCAGGAUGGUAAUGCUUGUCUGACUGGGUGGAGAUCCUCCAUCCUACACCUGUUUACAGCUCAGACACACAGAUGACAUCCUUACACAUCUUAGCUGUUAUCAAUUAGGCUUCCGGUCAUGUUUAAAGCAGCAUAUCUAAUUAGCCCAGUUCAAUGACUAUAUUAGCCCGUCAUGUUUAGAGCUUGGAACGUGAACUAGUUACAGUCACUAAGUAUUUAUUAAUGUUGUUAUUAAUGUAUUAAUGAUCAAUCUUUUUUUUCUUAUUCAAAGCUGUCAAUUAAUCAUAAUCAGGAUGGUGAUUAGCUGUAACAAAGUGAUGAAAUUAACGUGUUUAGGGAAAACAGCUCACUGUGUUUUAGGGAAAACAGCUCACAAUUCUGAGGUGGUAGUAUGUAACUGAAUGUGUGCACCCUAUGGCUCCUGCAACUCUGGGAUAAGGCCAUUUGUCUUCAUUGUGGAGGAGAAAAUACUAACUUUUCACCAAAAAGCCCAAACCAGCCUCAUCUAUGUAUAGAGACACACCACUAUGCGGCUGCAGAGAGACCCACUAUAAACAGAGACACACACUCAAACAGUUUGGGAACAAUAUGCAAAUGACAUCUAAUUAGAGGCAGUGUGUGCAGCUCGUUUGGCUGUUUUAGGCUCCACAGUGAAACUAGGCCAUGGCUGUGCCAACACACAGGAAGAAGAGGCAGAUUCCCUCUGUGUGUUGAUAAUGUGCGUACAUGCUCUGGGAGUUGUGUAUUGUCUGUGCGGUAUGUUGUAGUAGUAUUUGUGUUGUAACUCUUGUGUGUCUGCGUGUUGUCCAGACGAUGCAGACGGUGAACAAGAAGAUGGAUCCUCAGAAGACCCUCCAGACCAUGCAGGACUUCCAGAAGGAGAACAUGAAGAUGGGCAUGACAGAGGACAUGAGUAAGACCUGCUGCCAUUGGCUUUAUAGCCUAGGAUUUAAAUAUUUAAAAGAUGCACAAUAGUAACAUGAAAAAAAACUGUCCAAAGUCCAAACCAAAAACUCCAUACAGAUCAAUGUGUUUGCCUGGUGUUUCAAAGAACUGUUAACUCACAGCUUUUAACAGUAAACUGACUAGUACCUCUGGCUCUCUACCUCUCUCUCUGUCUGCCCCCCCUCUCCCUCUUUACUCCCCUCCCUCCCUCCCUCCCUCCAGUCAACGAUACGUUAGAUGAGAUAUUUGACGAGUCAGGGGAUGAGGAAGAAUCUCAGGACAUUGUGAACCAGGUUCUGGACGAGAUUGGCAUUGAGAUCUCUGGAAAGGUAAGACCUAUUGCCCUAUACCAUACCCCAGUCACUUCCCUCUAUAUGCAGUCCUCUGGAAAGGUAAGAGAUAGUCCUGUACCAUAUCAAAGCCUUUUCCAUCUGGAUGCUGUGAGGUGCAGAUAGAUAGACAGACAGACAGGCAGACAGCUGGAGGAGAGGGGGAUAGCCCUUAG